AGAACAUUCCAGAGCAUGCUUGUUUCUCAGGGAUCCUCCGUGUGGUGCUGGGGAUGCAGCCCACAGCCUUGCGCACGGUGGGUAGGUGCCCUGGGCCCUAGGGGUGUCCUGCGCCCCAUCAGGGACCAUACUGAUAGUGCUUCCUCUCCUGCAGAUGGACGGCCCCUCUACGUGCUCAGGCUGGGGCAGAUGGACACUAAAGGCCUGGUGCGAGCCCUGGGAGAGGAGGCCCUGCUGCGAUACGUUCUCUCCAUAAACGAGGAGGGCCUGAGGCGCUGCGAGGAGAACACCAAGGUCUUCGGCCGGCCCAUCAGCUCCUGGACCUGCCUGGUGGACCUGGAAGGACUCAACAUGCGCCACCUGUGGAGGCCGGGCGUCAAGGCCCUGCUGCGGAUCAUCGAGGUGGUGGAGGCCAACUACCCAGAGACGCUGGGCCGCCUCCUCAUCCUCCGGGCACCCAGGGUCUUCCCAGUCCUCUGGACACUGGUUAGUCCCUUCAUUGAUGACAAUACCAGAAGGAAGUUCCUCAUCUAUGCAGGAAAUGACUACCAGGGUCCUGGCGGCCUGCUGGAUUACAUCGACAAAGAGAUCAUUCCCGACUUCCUGAGCGGGGAGUGCAUGUGUGAAGUGCCAGAGGGUGGACUGGUCCCCAAAUCUCUGUACAGGACUGCGGAGGAGCUGGAAAACGAAGACCUGAAGCUCUGGACCGAGACCAUCUAUCAGUCCGCAAGUGUGUUCAAAGGAGCCCCCCACGAGAUUCUCAUUCAGAUUGUGGAUGCUUCUUCAGUGAUCACUUGGGACUUUGAUGUGUGCAAAGGCGACAUUGUCUUUAACAUCUAUCACUCCAAGAGGUCGCCUCAGCCACCCAAAAAGGACUCCCUGGGGGCCCACAGCAUCACUUCUCCAGGCGGAAACAAUGUGCAGCUCAUAGACAAGGUCUGGCAGCUGGGCCGCGACUACAGCAUGGUGGAGUCGCCUCUGAUUUGCAAAGAAGGAGAAAGCGUACAGGGCUCCCACGUGACCAGGUGGCCAGGCUUCUACAUCCUGCAGUGGAAGUUCCACAGCAUGCCGGCCUGCGCAGCCAGCAGCCUGCCCCGGGUGGACGACGUGCUGGCCUCCCUGCAGGUCUCCUCUCACAAGUGCAAAGUGAUGUACUACACAGAAGUGAUCGGGUCCGAGGAUUUCAGAGGCUCGAUGACCAGCCUGGAGUCCAGCCACAGUGGCUUUUCCCAGCUGAGCGCCGCCACCACCACCUCCAGCCAGUCUCACUCCAGCUCCAUGAUAUCCAGAUGGCGAUUUUGCUGACAGCUGUCAAGAAAAUGCUUCUCACCAGUCCACACGUGCCCAGAGAUGUUUCUAGAGCAUUGAAUUGCAGCCAUGCCCCCACCCCAGGCUGAAGACGUGUUCCUUUUAGUUGGUUCACAGUGGCCCUGUUUCACCCCAGAGCUGGCUGCGUCUCUGAGACGUGAGAGCAGCACGGGUCGGCACCAGUGCCUGCACCCUCGGAGUGCGGCCACCUCGUUCUUGCGAGGGGCUGCAGGCACGUGGUUCCCUGUGCGACUGCGGGUCUCUCGACGGCUCGUGCCCUGCCACUCUUGAAAUGCUGCUGUCCUUUCCCUCUUACAGUCCUGAAGAUUUUCUUGGUUCUCUCUUCUAUUACUAGUGUCUUAAUUCACUUUCCUAAAUUCAUUAUUUGCAUAUCAAAAUUCCCUAAAUGUUUUGUAAACAUAUUACCUCACUCUUGGUAAUACAAUACUGAUAGUCUUUAAAAGAUUUUUUUAUUGUUAUCAAUAAUAAAUGUGAACUGUUUA